AGCUGAGGCAGUAUUUCAGCCUGAAGUAUUUUUGUUCAUGCCUAUUAAUGGCGAUCGAUGAGGCGGAACAUUUUUCUGUGUCGUUUUACUCUGACCCGUUUUAGUGACGGACCACCAGCUAGAGCUCCGCUAUAAAAGGCCAGUUUCUCUAAGUUAUUAACCACCUCUCAAGCCUGUAUAUGCAGCUAAUAAGUUCUCACGGUCUGUCAAGAUCUGUCAAAGUCAAGAUAAACGGAUCAGUAACAAAAGAACGCGAAGCUGUCUUUUAUAUACGAGGGGGAGUUACAGUGAGAACUUACUGCUUCAGAAGACAGCAGUGGGCAACAUAAACCUAGUAAGAUGUCUGAGAGUGGCAGAAAGCAUGAAAGUGUGCAGGGCGCAGACUCGCAGCCACAAGUGACUGAUGGCACAUUGGUCAGCAACCCGACUACCUCAGAAGAGCCACGACUAGGCCAAAGAGUCCGCAAUAGGGUCAAGAACUGCACGAAGAGCAAUUAAGAAGAGUUGCACAUCGUUUCAGUGUGUGCUAUGACAAGUGGAAGGAUGCAACCAAAGUGGCCAAACAAGCGCUUCGUGGAGACAAUAGAAGGUACUCAGAGGAGCAGCUGAAUGAAUAUAUCACUCAAGUAUGCAAUGCAGCUAAGAGGCUGAAUGAUGUGUACUAUGAGUGGAGACGCAUUGAUGUUCCUGACUAUGAAACCCGUCGUAGAGCUGACACCUGUGAAGUAGUGACAGGGACGAUUGUCAAGGAAGCGAGGGACCUUCUAGACAAAGGGGCUAAAGGUCAAACGCAUGAAAAACAAAUACUCAAUGACAGGCUGUCCGUAGCCUCACAUGAGACAAGCACUACCUCUCACCACACUAAAUCUUCCUCUGCAAGCAGGAAAAGUGCAGCUGCUGAGGUUGCCGCUAACGAAGCUGCCUUAGAGGUCAUGCUGGAACAAGAACGUCGUAUUGAGGAGCUUCAGAAGCUGGAAGCUGAAGCUGCUGAGUUAAAAGACAAACAAGAGGCUGAAAAUGCAGAGAGACAAAGAGUGGUAGACGCCAAACGCAGAGAACUAGAGCGACUGAAGACUAUUAAGAAGCUAAACGCUGCUAAGGCACGGCAACAAGUAUAUGACCAGAGUGAAGGAUCAGGUCACGUGUCUAAGGGCAACUGCUCCGAUGAAGAAAUAAAGGAGCUUCUACAUCGUCAUGUCUCUGUGAAGAGAGAAAUUAAUUCUCGAACUAGUUCGCCACAGAACUGUUCUCCAACAAGGCAAAAGGACAGAGUUGAGGACAGCACGUCAGCUCUUGUCAGAGCACUUGCAGAAUCCAUCAGUGCGAGUCGCAUUCCUCUACCUGAACCCACAGUGUUCAAUGGUGACCCACUGCGGUUCAAUGACUGGAAGGUGUCCUUUCAGACGCUCGUUGACAGAAAGAAUAUUCCUGCAGAAGAGAAGAUAUAUUAUCUUCGCAAGUAUGUGGGGGGAACUGCCAAAAGGACACAGUCUUCAAAGGUGCCGGAGGUUCAUGCAGAAGACAAUCUUAGAACGAGUCAAGUUUGUUCAAGAAAGAAAGUUGUGCUUCGGCUGUCUGAAGUCUGGUCAUCGCUCCAAGGACUGUGGUGAAAGAAACACAUGUGAUACUUGUGAGAAAGGACAUCCAACUUGCCUUCAUGAUGAUCGCACCAAGGAAGAAAGAAUGUCAACAAAGCCUUAUGGAUCAAGGUACAAUGAACAGCCACAAGAGGAGGCAGAAACACCAUCAAAUGAUGCAACAACAAAUAGAGUUGUACAGAACACAGCGAACACGCAUACUUCCACAAUAAUUCCAGUGUGGCUGUCCUCUGUAAGUAAGCCAAAUCGUGAAGUCCUUGUGUAUGCACUCCUUGACACACAAAGUGACACAACCUUUGUCCUUGAGGAGGCAGUAAAGGCUCUCAACACAAAGAGUGCAUCAGUUCAGUUAAAGCUCUCAACACUGGCUUCGAGAAACAUAGUCGUGUCUUGCCAGAAACUGACUGGUCUACAAGUACGAGGAUUUUAUUCGGACAAGCUUAUUCCUCUGCCAGUGACGUACUCAAGAGAGUUUAUUCCUGCAAACAGAGACCAUAUUCCCACACCAGAGACGGCAAAGGCAUGGCCUCAUCUUGAACACAUCGCUGAUGAGAUUGCUCCUCUGCAAAGCUGUGAUGUCGGUCUGUUAAUCGGCUACAACUGUGCUCAGGCCCUUAUACCGAGACAAGUGGUGCCUGGGGAAGAGCAUCAGCCGGUUGCACAGAGAACAGACCUGGGCUGGAGUGUGGUGGGAUAUGGUAAACCCCGUCUCAACUAUGGAGAUGCAAUUGGGAUGAGUCACCAAGUGAUAGCGAAGCAAGUGAUGCCAGGGCUACCGUCCUCAUCAGACCUCACAAGUGAAGUUCACUAUGUCUAUAGAACACAGAUAAAAAAGGUUAUCUUACCUGCAGAUGUCAUGAAGAUGCGGGAGUCUGAUUUCAUUGAAAGGUCAUCAGAGGCCAGUUCCCUUUCUCAAGAGGAUAUAACAUUCCUGUCAGAAAUGGAGACUGGCAUCAAGUUAAAGAGCGACGGACAUUAUGAAAUGCCGCGGCCAUUCAAAAGGGAAAGGCCUUACUUACCCGAUAACAAGAUCUGUGCUAUUCAACACCUGAAGUGCCUUGAAAGGAAAAUGAAAGGAAAUCAUCAAUAUUACAAAGACCACAAGACUUUCAUGGAUGAGACCAUUAGCCGUGGUGAUGCAGAAUGGUCCCAGAAGAAGACAAUCCAGCCGACCACGCCUCAAGAGGUCUCACAGCAGAGCAGCUACUAUCCUCCAACUGGUUCACAGGCCCAGAUCGUCUUUGGCAGAAGGAGUUACCAAGUGGAGAAGUCAAGGUGGGAGAGAUUGCAAGCGACGACCCAGAACUUAAGAAAGUCCAGGUUCUCGACACCCAGGCGAAAGAAGUUAGGUCGGUGCUGAAUCGAUUGCACAAGUUCUCUGUUUGGUCCAGAAUGGUGAAAGCUAUCGCCAGACUCAAAUGCCAUGUGAAGGAAGUUAAAGGUCUCCAGCCAAGGUCCUGUGAAGCCACCAGUUUAGAGGAAAGGAGAGAAGCUGAGCUGACGAGAAUCAAGAUGGUUCAGGAAGCAGCUUUCUCGCAAGAAAUACCGCUACUCCAGAGUCACAAGGAGACACCAGUCAAGGGCAAGGCCAAUCUGUACCUCCGCAAGAGAUGGCGUCGAGUUCCACUACUAGCCAACCACUUCUGGACAAGAUGGAAGAAGGAAUACCUCCUGAACCUCCAGCAGAGACAGAAGUGGAACAAAGGGUUGCGGGUGGGUGAACCUAUCCCAGCUGACUCUGAGUGAAAGCCAGGGUACACACUGGUGGAAAACCAACUCAAGCACAAGAAGUACUGCCGUAGUGAGCGUGACGCUCUCUGCCCCGCAGAUCUGCAACUUCCAGCUCCAGGCCGAGGAUGAUUCAAUUGGUCACAUUACUCUGCAUGGAGCCUAUUAGUGUUCCCGGAAGACAGACGAUAGAGGGAGGGGGAAAAGAACAACACCUUGUCACCACAGUUCAUUCAAAAAGCAGCUUGUUGCUGGUUGGUGUCCCGUAGCUACUGCAUAAAAAAAGGAUUGGAGAUAUAUCUGCUGCAGCAUAUCUAAUCAUUGAUUUACACAAAUGAAAAUCUUUUAUCCCAAAUUGUAUUGCAUUGUAAGAUACUAUUUUUAUCCGUAGUUUGCUUAAACAUACAUGGAAAAUAAAUAGACACAUAAACAAACAAACAAACAAUCAAUCAAUCAAUCAAUAACAUCCAGUCAAUCUGUACUACUUCUCUCUUAUGUAAAAUUAAACAAUUUAAAUCCCAAUCACCUGCAAAAAAGACUACAGCAACCUGAAUGUGGAUUCCUUUAUAGGGCAUCUUGAAGAUAAGCUGCAGUCCAUGAAGUUUUGGUCUUGUAGGAUUUGUAAUUAAAUCUUGAUUAGUUUGGUUUGUCUCCAAGUAUGUGCUGUAGUUUUCGAAAGAACCUUCUCAAUUAGUAAUGACGCAGGCAACACCGCUUGACCUCAGAAUGGUUAAUGUAUUAACCACAGGGCUUCUUUGGUGGUGUCAGAAGAAUAGCAAGGGCACAUGACAGGAGGUAAAAUUUCAACUAUACAUUUUGACCCUUGAUCAGCAGGAAAUCCGUUCAUACAGCACCAUGUCUUGGAUACACAAUGUACAUCCAUGAUUAUUAAAUAUUUGGUGUUAUUUAAAAAAGACAGCUUCUUGCCACUCUGACCAAGUCCUAGGCCACAUCAAGGUCCUUAUGGUCUAACAAGGACCACAGACAUCUAAGCACCAGUUUCAGUACAGCACCGGCUGGACAACAUCUUGAGACCCACUUAAAACAACACAGCAGAGUCUGCAGCUGUGCAAGCAGCUCUGUGAGGCUGCAGUUAGCCACAGGGGUGCUAAUACAUACCAACAGCAUCUUCAUCAACUUGGUAUUCUAUAUAUUUACCAAUUCCACAAUCAAGCAGAUAAUCAUUCAUAUAUUAGCAGGCGUUAUUAUAGGUUAAGCUGCUGUGGGAAAGAAUCUGUGAACAGACGGGGAGUUGUGCUGCGCCACCUAUGUAUUCACCACAUACAAUCCUGUCCUUUCAUUUGUUCAUAAAAUAUUAAAUAAUUUAGCUUUCAACAAAGAACAAACAGCUACUUUUGUCUUUCGGUAUUCGGGUAUUCUUUGACCAUUAUUACAAUACAAUGGCAUGGAAUGGAUGAUUUCAUCCAUCUUUGACUGGCAGAAGUUAACUGUCAUUUUGGAUCCCAAAAGAGUGAAACUAUUCUAUGUUGGGGUGUGUUUCUCCAUUAAAAUAUAAAUAGAUCCUACACCAUCUCCUCAGACUAGCAAGUCUUUUUGAGAGUGAAUUGAUUAAGUCUGCUCGUAGAGAGGCAAAAUGUCCACAGUAGUCUGAAUAGUCCACUUUAUAAAUGAGAAUAUUUAGAGGACUGUUCAGACAACUGUUAUAGGAUUGUUCUAAAAUGGCAGCUAUGUCUGGCGAACCAUGCAGGCAGACAACUGUUAUAGGAUUGUUCUGAAAUGGCUGCUAUGUUUGGCGAACCAUGCUGGGUUUUGUUUGCUACUUGUUUACAUUUUUUUUUUUUUUUUUACUGGUUUCUUUUUAACACUAGAGGCAACAUGUAAUAAGUAGGGGUGUAAAUCGCGGGUUUUGUCACGAUACGAUAUCAUAUUGAUACAAAGAACUACGAUACGAUAUUUGCCGAUAUCUUAAAGCCUGCUGCGAUUCAUUCACGAUAUAUCGCGAUAUAGUGCUCUACGAUCGAUUUUUUUUUUUUUUAAUAAAAAAAUAUAGAAUAAUAUCCUGAUUUAUAACAAUUCAUACGCAAAAUCAACAAGGUACUGCAAACUCUUUAUUUAGGAAAUUACAAGAGUAUUGUAGUAUACAAAGUGCUUAUUUUAACACUGAACUUUGAUGUCGUGUUUUUUCUUUAAAUGUGCGGCGAGAUUUGUGGUCCCUACAUAUUUGAUCACCGCAUGGCAGGAUUUACAAACUGCAUGUGUCUUGUCCGUUGAGCCAUCUUUUCUUUGGAAUCCAAAGUGCUUCCAAACGAAUGACCUGAAGCCUAAAGGGGAGCAAAUCUCCUCGUCUUUUUGGACACUAGCCAUAGCACCAGCCCAGGAGCCGCGUACUAGUUGUCGACUCCCCUUUCACGUGCCUGCUCUGCUCACAACACAACAACGCCGCGCGCACUAAUUCCCGGAAAGAGGAAGCGAGCAACAAUGAACUGGAUUUCAGAAUAAAGUCGGUUCUAAUGUCCGAGGUCAAACACGGCAAUAUAAAUCGAUGUUUACGUUUAGCAUCGAUGCCAAUAAAUCGUAGAGCAUUAUAUCGAUUAAUCGAUGUGUAUCGAUGAAUCGUUACACCCCUAGUAAUAAGGAACAUUUAGUGUAGAAUAUAAACCAACUUAGAUACUUAGGUGGUUAAAUGUUAAAUGAAAAUUUAAAAAACAAACAAUAUUUGACAAUAACACAGGUUUCUGUUCCUGUCUUUGGUAAUGUCACCCUGUCUUUUUGUUCCACGUCUUUGUCGGUCAGUCCUGUUGUUGGUUUUGUUAGAGAGUUAUGUUAGUUUACCAAGUCUGUGUUUUGAGUUCCUCCAAUGAACCCUGGUCCUAGCUGCACUUGGUAGAUGGCUUAUGUGACUUGGUGUGUGUGACAAUGCUGUGUCAAGGCUAAGACACCAAAACAAGAUUUAGACUUACACAGAGUGGUUGAGUUCAAUCACAAAUCUUGUUAAGAACUCUGUUUUCAGGAAAGUACAAUACAGCGCUUGGCCUUUCGUGCGACCAUGCUCAAGAGCAGAAAGUCUCCAUUCAGGAAAGGCAACGUUCAAGGUUCUUUGGUCAGCUUAUAUUCAGUUGCACAUGCCAGUGUGGGCCGAGUUUGAUGGGUGAUGAGUCAGGGGGUGUGGCACGUUCGCAGGAGAGUUUGAUUCCAUGGGAGUGGGUGCUGGUUCGGUGAGAGCUGGUUCCGUGGGGUUGGGUGCUGAUUUUGGGCGAUUCGAUGUGUGUGGGGGCCGUUGUUUUACUUUCCGUCUUUCAGCCUUGACGAUCAUCUUUGGCCGGGUUCUCUGUCUCCCUCUGGCACCUCUACCGGUUUUUAUCUCCAAGUGUCCUUCCUGUAAACCAUUCUUGCACAUACAUCCACUUCGCCCACUGUCGCCCACUGUCGCCCACUGCCCAUUCAUCAUUCUUUCAAUUUUGUCAUUUUGUACGGAAUUAUGUGAGCUUUUGGCUAUGACAUCAUCAAUUUAUUAAUGUUCCCUGACUAUGCAACGUUUGUACUCACCACUUACCAUGUUUUUGUUUGUUUGUUCAUUUGAUACUCCAUAUAUGUACUUGCAUACGUCAUCAUAUUCUUAGUUUAAUCAUGCUUCCAACCAUAUCUUUUCUUUGUUAGGCAAAAUAUUUCCCUCUGUCCAGAACGUUCAGUAGUAAUCGAAAACUGGCAUCAAGCAUUAGUCAAAACAUAAGAUAUAAUCAAGUACUGAACAUUCUUAGACGACUUUGGCAGUGUCCGUGAUUUAGAAAAUCAUCAGGCAUGCAUUAAACAGUUCCUUAAGGGUCAUUUAAGCCAUUCAGGCAAUAUAUAAAAAAACAUUUGUUAUUUCGAAGUGCUCAGAAAAUACAUAUCAGAUCAUAAAGUUAUAAAAACCUCUGUCAUUACCCCCUAUCGAAAAUGUCUAGUUAUGUCUUCUUUAUUGAUUUGGUGUGUAGGUAUAAUUACCGUUUUUUUCCGUGUAUAGUGCGCAAAAUUUAACUAAUUUAUUGUCCUAAAAUCUGGGGUGCGCAUUAUACAUGCACGGAGCGCGGUGGUGCGUUUAUGGGCAGUCGGAGAAAUCAACGCCAACAAAAAAAAUUACAUCCAGCCUAGUUAAGACCAUACCAAAGACUAUAAAAAUGGGACCCAUUGCCUCCCUGCGUGUGUGACGAUCAUUGGGACUUAAAAAAAAAAAAAAAAAAAAAAACAUUUUUUUAAAAAUUCAUAAAAAUUGGGUGUGUAUUAUACAUGGGUACAGGCUUUUUUCCAGCAUCAGCAUGCCAUUUUUAGGGUGCGUAUUAUACAUGGGGGCGCACUAUACACGGAAAAAAACGGUAUAUGCUAAUUUUUUUCUUUAAUUGAUUUAAUAUGUGAAUGUACUUGUCUGCCUAUGUACUUUAUUCAAUGAGGUUUGAGCAUAUCUGUUUUUGUAGCUAGGCAGGACUUUUUGUAUUUCGAACCCAUUCCUUCAAAUCCUAUGGGAUUCCAUAAUGAUGGUAGUUAACUUUAUCUUAAUUCACGAGUUCGAGACGGACAGGAUAAAAUGCUCCUGGGAGUGGACGGAAGUGGGAUUAUCCAGUACGGAAAAAAAAUUGUGCCAGAAACAAUGAGAGUCAAUGACGAGAAAGGGGAUGACAAAUUGUUCAAUAAAUGAGUAAAACGCAACUUUAGUUCCCGUAAUUUCCGGACUAUAAGUCGCUCCGGAGUGCAAGUUACACCAGCCAUAAAAUGCAUAAUAAAGAAGAAAAAAACAUAUAUAAGUUGCACCGGAGUACAAGUCGCAUUUUUGGGGUGACUUUAUUUGACACAAUCAAACACCAAAACAAGACAUGAAUAGGCAACAACAGGCUAAACGGUAUGGUACGCUAACGUUAAAUAAAUACAAACGACUAUACAUAACUAUAACCUCUCCCAUACAAAGCCGCCUUUUUCACAUGUCCGCACGUCAUUUUCCUCUUUUCAUUUUAACCUAACUGAUCGCGGUGGUGCCUUUAUGGGCAGUCGGAGAAAUCAACGCCAACAAAAAAAAUACAUCCAGCCUAGUUAAGACCAUACCAAAGACUAUAAAAAUGGGACCCAUUCCCUCCCUGCACUCAGCAUUAAGGGUUGGAAUUGGGGGGUUAGAUCACCAAAUGAUUCUCGAGCGCGCCGCCGCUGCUGCUCACUGCUCCCCUCUCCCCCAGGGGAUGGAUCAAAAUCACACGGGGAUGGGUCAAAUGAGGAGGAAAAAUUUCACCACACCCAGAUGCGUGUGUGACGAUCAUUGGGACUUAAAAAAAUAUAUAUAAAAAAAUAAAAUAAUUGGGGUGCGUAUUAUACAUGUUUUUUUUCCAGCAUUGACAUGCCAUUUUUAGGGUGUGUAUUAUACAUGGGGGCGCAUUAUACAUGGAAAAAAACGGUAGUCAAAAAGAGCUAACAUUUAUUUAUCUUUCAUUUUAACUAAAACAUCAAUCCAUCCACUCUCUGCACUGCUUAUUCUGACCAAGGUUGCGGGCGUGCUGGCGCCUAUCCCAGCUGUCAUUGGGAGAGACACAGGUAACACCCUGAAAUGGUCACCAGCCUGUAGGACACAUAUAGUAUAGAUCAGGCGUGGGCAAUAACAGUCUCCAUCACUUCAGUGCCUGCAGGUCAGAUUAAAGAAAGAUUUUUAUCUUAUGAGAUCACAUCAAACGGCAAACAUUCUGACCAAAUAUAUCAUCUUGAAGAAUUGGUGAAAGCAUACAUCCAAAUAAAGUAAUCAAAACGGCAAGACCGUGAGGGGUAUCUGAAAAUCAGAGCAGUUUUACCUCGCAAACACCUGGUAACAGAGGUGAGGAAACGGGAAACACUGUCACGACUCAUACCCGAUCAUGUCUGUGUGCUCAUGUCCGUGUGUCUGUGUGCUCGCCCCUCCCUUCCUGUGUGCCCAUGAUUUAGUGUAAUCCUGUCUUUUUGGUUUCACGUCUUGUUCGGCCAGUCCUGUUGUUAGUUUGUUAGUAUGUCAUGUCAGUUUACUGAGUCUGUUAGUUUGAGUUCCUGCAAUAAACCCUGGUCCAAGCCGCACUUGGUCGCCCGGCUCCAUUUCCACACUCCGUCCGUGACAAACACUUCCUUAAAGUAAGCCUUAAGAACUUUACAGGUUAAGAUCAGUCGGAAACAGGUGGUGCAUCAAUGUCCUUGAGCAUCCUGCAUUGUUUGAAAAUGAGAAUGGUCACUAGUUUCAAUCCCUGCUAUUUGUACAAAUUAUAUUAAAAAUGCAUCUUCUUACAACAAACUUGAGAGCCUCCCCUUCAUUUUCAGCGGGAACAGUGUUGUUGGUCUCCCUUUUUUGCUAGUGCAUCAUAGACUGGAGUACAAUUUGUUGUGGAAUUCUUAGGAGAGAUCCGAGAUGUUGGUCCAUUUACCUAGAUCUGUGACGGGUUGAUGUUGAUGCUCAUGUGGCUGAACGCCACGUCGCGUACGUCGAGCCAAAUUGGCCACUCUUUUUCAAACACUCGGCACUGUGUCCACCUUGCUUUUCCUUGGGUGACUCAUUUUAAUGGAAGGAUUCCAGGGUUGGGUUUGUGGGUGGCUUUAGCGAAAAACUGCAUCUGAAAGCUCAGCGCGUGAAUUACAAGAAUGCUGUCGUCACAGCCCACGCUCUAAAUUCGGGACUGAUACAAAUAGAGUGCGAGAGUGCCAUGUCCGCACUACUCAUUACGUACACGCACUUGUGAGUGUGCACCGAGCUUUCUGACACGGCUUCCGGUAGUAAAUGCGCAGGCGAGCGCUUCCCCAUCUACUGGGGAAACGCAGUCAUUGCAGGCAAUACGACCCAAAAAAAAUUUAAUAAUACAAUUUAUUCAGGGUUGGCGGGCCGGAUUAAACGGUCCCGUGGGCCGGAUGUGGCUCGCGGGCCGUAGUUUUCCCACCCCUGGUUUAGCCUGUUGUUGCUCGUUCGGAGCGACUUGUAUAUGUUUUUUUCUCACGUUAUUGUGCAUUUUAUGGCUAAUGCGACCUAUAUUCCUGAGCGACUUUUAGUCUGAAAAUUACGGUAAGUGUGAAAGUGUGUCUACUUGUGUUCUGUUGUAGAAUUACACUAUAUCUUGAAUCAUUGGU